AUGACAAUCAAACAAAAUAGUGAAACUGAUGUUGUCCCAAUCACGUGCUUUUCCAAGAUCGAUCCAAAAGUGUUUACUCCUAUAGAUUUUGUUGAAGAAAAAUAUGAUGAUUUAGAACUUGAAGAAGUAUAUGAAAACCCUCAACACUAUCUGAACGUAUCUUUUGAUAACAAUAUAACAACCAUCAACAGUCAGCAAUAUCCAACUGAAUUUUUAGAAUUCAGCAAACUUGAACUCCUUAGAACUAAUAAGCAUUGGAAAGGACCAGGACGAUGCUUGUGUAAAAUAUUAUCAAAAGGAGAAGAUUGUUCAUAUUGUAAAGUAUUACAUCAGGACCUACAGGAAUAUCAAAUAGCUGUUGCAAUUAAUAAGCACAAAUUGAA